UCACUGCGCGUCAACACCACUUGCGUCAUCAGCGCGAGCGGGAGGAAGGAAUCGGGAGAAAAAAGAAAUAGCCUACAUCUACAGCCAGAAAUCAUUUCAAAUACCACUUUUGGUGUCAGGAUGGCAUCAGAUGAUGUGGCAAAUCUCGCCGACUCGUUGGCGAAAGCUCAAGUCAACGAGGGAGAGCUCAGCUAUAAAGGACAGGGUCUUAAACUGGACAACGCUCAGUCUGUGGAGAAGAUGGUGAAGGAGAUCGAGGAGUUUGACGGUCUGCGUGCGCUCAGGCUGGAGGGAAACACCAUCGGCGUGGAGGCGGCGCAGACUAUCGCCAAAGCCUUGGAGAAGAAGAGUGACCUGCAGUGCUGCCACUGGAGCGACAUGUUUACCGGACGCCUGCGAGCUGAAAUCCCUCCUGCGCUGGUUUCUCUGGGUGAUGCGUUGAUCUUGGCGGGAGCUCAGCUGAAGGUUCUGGAUCUGAGCGAUAACGCCUUUGGACCCGAUGGCGUAAAAGGCAUCGAGAAGCUGCUCAAGAGCACCGCCUGUCACUCGCUGCAGGAACUGCGCCUGAACAACUGUGGAAUGGGCAUUGGAGGAGGAAAGAUCCUGGCGGCGGCUCUGACGGCGUGUCAUAAGGAGUCGAGUGCGCUCGGCGCCCCAUUGCAGCUGAAGGUGUUCAUCGCCGGCAGGAACAGACUGGAGAAUGAUGGAGCCACAGCGCUGGCGCAGGCCUUUCAGUUGAUUGGCAGUCUGGAGGAAGUGCACAUGCCCCAGAAUGGCAUCAAUCACCCAGGAGUCACAGCUUUAGCCACCGCUAUGCAGCACAACCCACAGCUGCGAGUGCUCAACCUCAACGACAACACUUUCACCAAGAAAGGAGCCAUCGCUAUGGCAGAGGCUCUGAAACACCUGCGAAAUGUGCAAGUGAUCAAUUUUGGUGACUGUCUAGUUCGGUCUAAAGGAGCCAGUGCCAUAGCAGAGACUCUGAGAGAAGGACUGCCGAUACUCAAGGAGCUGAAUCUGUCCUUCGGUGAAAUCACUCAGGAAGCGGCGCUGGAUGUGGCCCGAUCCGUACAACUCAAAGAUCAGCUGGAAAAACUCGACCUGAAUGGGAACAGUCUGGGUGAGGAAGGAUGUGACGGUCUUAGAGAGGUGAUGGAAAGCAUGAACAUGGCAGACAAACUGGGUUCACUGAGUGAUGACGAGGGAGAACCUGAGGAAGAUGAAGAUGAGGACGAGGACGACGAUGAUGAUGAGGACGAGGAUGAUGAUGAUGAAGAUGAGGAGGAAGAAGAAGAAGAGGAGGAAGAAGGCGAGGAAGAAAAGAGUGAAUUAAAUCAGUUCUCAACGCCGCCUUCAGCACCUCGCACUCCAGACGUCUCGUCUUUCCUGAGUUUUCCGUCUCCAGACAAACUACUGCGACUCGGUGAAAGGAGAAGCUCCCUCAUCCAGCAGCAGGUGGACGUGUUUGAUGUCGGUAAGACGGCUGAAGCGUUCCUGAAGAUCUCCUCUGUGUAUAAGGACGACGACGCGGAGGUGAAAGCAGCCGUGCUGGAGAGUAUCGACGCGGUGCUGAGUAAAGCCUUCUUUACACCGUCUUUCCAGGGUUUGAGUUUUGUGUCUUCGUUACUGGUGAUGCUUGGACUGUUGAAGAGCGAGGAUAAGUUAAAAGCGGUCAAGGUGGUCCCAGGUCAUCUACAGUGUUUGGAACAUGCGGUAAAACAGAGUUAUUUCCCCCGAGAUCACAUCACUGUCCUCAAUGCUUUCAUGGCCAGGCAGAAUAAAUCUCUGGAGGUGUGCAGCAGUUCUCGAGACCGCCUCAAAUUCACCCUGCAGAAACUCACAGCCGAGAGCUGAAAACACACACUAGUUUCUUAAUAAUAAACUAACAAAUCUUGAAACAUUA